AGCAGAGUGUAAUCAAGGUGUUUUUUUUUGUGGUUAGCAUAUGUCAGAAAAGAAUAUAUUAGUGCAUUAGUUAAAAUGAACUAUAUCUCUACAGAGAUGUGAAGAAAUGAACUAUAAUACAUGGGCUGAAAACGCAGCAUCUGAAGAGAGAAUGAAUCCCAUGUACCUGCCAUACUCUCAUGCCAAUGGUUUGCCGCAGGAGUCAAAACUUGCGACUUAUAUGAGCCACCAGAAUGCCAGCGCGCCGACUGCUGCCGCCCCAAAGGGCAUGGGCGGGCUGGGACUGGACCAGGGCUCGUCGGGGAAGAAGGUGUCUUCGGGGGCGAACGGCUCUCCGGGCUACCUGCCGUACGCCCGGCGCGGCAGCAGCGUGGAGAGCGCUUCCCCGCGCCUCACGCCCCAGCCGUCGCCCCCGCUCGCCAGCAGUUCCCCCACCCUCGACAACACGCCCUCUACCCCCGUCUCCGCCUACCAGGAGAACGUGAACGGCACGACGUACUUCUACCCGGCGGCGGCGGGCGGCGGGGAGGCGGGUGGCCCCGGACCGGGGGGCUCCGCCCCGCCGGUGGCCCUCCCUGCCGUGGUGCUGCCCAGCUUCCACGUGUACCCGGGCACGCCCGCCCACGUGACGGCCCUCAAGGGCAAGCAGUCGGGCUUCUACGUGUCGGAGGACCUGCGGCAGGAGAUCCUCCGCCGGAGCGCGCUGGUGCUGGCCCAGCCCGACCCGGAGCAGUGCCCCGACAUACCGUGCGAGAUAGACACGUACCAUGAGCUGUGCCCCCUGGAGCCGCUCCCCGCCAACUCCCUGCACAAGAGCCAGCUGCUGGGCUACCCCACGUCCACGUACAAGGCUACCAACAUCAAGACUGGCCUGCGGUGCUGCCUGCGGAGAGUGCAUGGUUUUCGCUUGCCUAACACGAAAUGUAUGGUCCUAGUGGAUAUGUGGAAACGUUUACAGCAUUCCAACAUUGUUCAGCUACGGGAAGUAUUCACGACGAAAGCAUUUGGUGACUACUCGAUCGUGUUCGUGUACGACUACCACCCGGGCAGCGAGACGCUGCUGGCGACCCACUUCGCGCCGGGGGAGCCGUCCAACGGCUACGCGGACCCCUUCUCGUCGGACCCGGGCGCCCCGCGGCCGUACAGCCACCAGAAGAACACCCUGCUGCGGCACCAGGCGAACGGGAUGCUGCCCGAGAGCACCAUCUGGAACUACGUGAUCCAGCUGACGUCGGCCCUGCGCGUGGUGCACGCGGCCGGGCUGGCCUGCCGCACCCUCGAGCCCUCCAAGGUCGUGCUGUCCGCGGGCUCCCGCGUCCGCCUCAGCUGCCUGGGCAUCGCCGACGUGCUCACCUUUGAUUCCACCGCACCCAACCCGCUGCACCUCGUGCCUCACUACCAGCAGGACGACCUGACGGCCCUCGGCAAGCUGGUGCUGGCGCUGGCGUGCCGCUCGCUCGUCGCCGUGCAGCGCGAGAACAUGCAGACCUCGCUGGACCUCGUGUCGCGCACAUACUCCUCCGACCUGCGCAACCUCAUCAUGUACCUGCUGAGCCAGCAGCAGCAGCACAAGACGGUGACGGACCUCAUGCCCAUGAUCGGGGCGCGCUUCUACACGCAGCUGGACGCGGCGCACGCGCGGGCCGACGUGCUAGAGGACGAGCUGGCCAAGGAGAUGGAGAACGGCCGGGUGUGCCGGCUGCUCGUCAAGCUGGGCACCAUCAACGAGCGGCCAGAGCUGUGCGCGGACCCCACGUGGUCGGAGAUCGGGGACCGCUACAUGCUGAAGCUGUUCCGGGACUUCGUGUUCCACCAGGUGACGGAGGACGGGCGGCCCUGGCUGGACAUGGCACACGUGGUGCAGUGCCUCAACAAGCUGGACGCCGGCUCCCCGGAGAAGAUCUGCCUGAUGUCGCGGGACGAGCAGAGCGUGCUGGUGGUGAGCUACGCCGAGCUGAAGCACUGCCUGGAGCAGUCCUUCGAGGAGGUGCUCGCCGCGGCCAGCAAGCCGGGCCUCGGGUAGCGGGGUCGCCCGCGAGUAGCUGCUUCACCUGUGUCCGCGAGUCUUCCGAGAUUGUGCGCUCCCAACACAAACCAAUACGUAGGCGUGACUUAAUUAUUUUUCAAUUUGUUUUGGGAUGUGAAUCAAUCAUGUAUGUUGUUGGUUUGUUUUUCUGAAAUUACAGUCGCAUAUCAUUUUUGUCCUUUCGACUGGUUCAGUUACUUUUAGGCUGUAUGUACAUUAAUAAUGAGGUUGACGAACUUAAUGAUUUAGUGCCGAUGUGGAACGCUAGCAUGUGUAAGUUGUUACAGAGGGCUGCGAAAAAAAAGACUGUGUAAAUUGUGGUUUCAAACGCUGCUGUCCAGUGAUGGGGAAGCGGAUGCUGAGAAGACAUACUUAUUGCAAUGGCUACAUUGCAUUUGCAUUUACGAGUUUGGCAGUGAACUGUUUUGCGCACAAUGUACAAUGAAAGUGUUUCUUUUUGUGGCGUGCAUAUGCUGAACGUGAGCACAAUGAUUUGUGAUUAUUUUAAGAAGUAUUCUGCAAUCAUAAUUAAUUUUUUCUGUACGGUUUUGCCAAAACUGUAUAUUUAAAGAUUUUUGAACUGAUUUUAAACAAGGCAGCCAAAAUUGCUAUUUAUUUUUUUGCAGCCAACAGUUUGUACAUAAAUGUGUGCUCAUGAUUUUCUUUAUACGUAAUGUGGAUUAUGUCUUGAAAUUAUAUACAUAUGUACAGUUUUUCAGUUAAUAAUAUAUUUUUUAGAAGUC